CAGACCGGAGUCCCCCGCGCGCAGCCCAGUGGCAGAAGAGGGCGAGGCUGGGAGGGAAGGCAGGGCUGUAGGGGAGGGAGACAGCCAGUCCUCCCCUGGAGCCUGCAAGAAUGCGGCAGGGGCCCGGGGGCAUGGGGAGGUACUAACCCCCCAGCCCCUUAUGCGGGCUUGCAGACCUGGCCUCCGGGUCAAUAUCCGUGUAGCGCAGCGGAGCAGCGGCGGCUCCUGAAAAGCAGAGAGGGAGGCUCGGGAGCUGUCCAUCCCCAGACGCCAUCGUCCUCAAUGCCUCUCUGAACAGCCUUUAGAAAGAGUGCGAGAGAAAGAGAGAGCGCGCGCCAGGGAGAGGAGAAAAGAAGAUGAGGAUUAUUUGCAGACAGAUUGUCUUGUUAUUUUCUGGAUUUUGGGGACUCGCCAUGGGAGCCUUUCCGAGCAGCGUGCAAAUAGGUGGUCUCUUCAUCCGAAACACAGAUCAGGAAUACACUGCUUUCCGGUUAGCAAUUUUUCUUCAUAACACCAGCCCCAAUGCGUCGGAAGCUCCUUUUAAUUUGGUACCUCAUGUGGACAACAUUGAGACAGCCAACAGUUUUGCUGUAACAAAUGCUUUCUGUUCCCAGUAUUCUAGAGGAGUAUUUGCCAUUUUCGGACUCUAUGAUAAGAGGUCAGUACAUACCUUGACCUCAUUCUGCAGCGCCUUACACAUCUCCCUCAUCACCCCAAGUUUCCCUACCGAGGGGGAAAGCCAGUUUGUGCUGCAGCUAAGACCUUCCUUACGAGGAGCACUUUUGAGUCUGCUGGAUCACUAUGAAUGGAACUGUUUUGUCUUUCUCUAUGACACGGACAGGGGGUACUCGAUACUUCAAGCUAUUAUGGAAAAAGCAGGACAAAAUGGUUGGCAUGUCAGUGCAAUAUGUGUGGAAAAUUUUAAUGAUGUCAGCUAUAGGCAACUUCUAGAAGAACUUGAUAGAAGGCAAGAGAAGAAAUUUGUAAUAGACUGUGAGAUAGAGAGACUUCAAAACAUAUUAGAACAGAUUGUGAGUGUUGGAAAGCAUGUUAAAGGCUACCAUUAUAUCAUUGCAAACUUGUUCUUUCCAGGCUACUUUAACAGUAAUUUCAGCAUCACCUUCUACCUGAACCCCAAAAUUCUGGAGUGUCUUCAAGUUGUGACUAGGCAGUCAAUGUAUUCAUCAAAGAAGUUUAACACAGCCUUGACCCCAGAGUUUUCUCAGAUGUUCACUGAAGACAAUUCCUUGGAAGAGAGUCAGCUGCCUUCAACCUAUCUCAGAAAGUACACAUCUGCUUUGACUUAUGAUGGAGUCCUUGUGAUGGCUGAAACAUUCCGAAAUCUUAGAAGGCAGAAAAUUGAUAUUUCAAGGAGAGGAAAUGCUGGAGAUUGUCUGGCAAAUCCUGCUGCUCCAUGGGGACAGGGAAUUGACAUGGAGAGGACACUCAAACAGGUUCGAAUUCAAGGACUCACAGGAAAUGUUCAGUUUGACCACUAUGGACGUAGGGUCAAUUAUACCAUGGAUGUGUUUGAGUUAAAGAGCACAGGACCUAGAAAGGUUGGUUAUUGGAAUGACAUGGAUAAAUUGGUUCUGAUUCAAGAUGUACCCACUCUUGGCAAUGACACAGCAGCUAUUGAGAAUAGAACAGUGGUUGUAACCACAAUUAUGGAAUCCCCAUAUGUUAUGUACAAGAAAAAUCAUGAAAUGUUUGAAGGAAAUGACAAGUAUGAAGGAUACUGUGUAGAUUUGGCAUCUGAAAUUGCAAAACAUAUUGGUAUCAAGUAUAAAAUUGCCAUUGUCCCUGAUGGAAAAUAUGGAGCAAGGGAUGCAGACACAAAAAUCUGGAAUGGGAUGGUAGGAGAACUUGUUUAUGGGAAAGCAGAGAUUGCUAUUGCCCCUCUGACAAUCACUUUGGUCCGAGAGGAGGUCAUUGACUUCUCUAAACCCUUCAUGAGUUUGGGCAUAUCUAUCAUGAUCAAAAAGCCUCAGAAAUCUAAACCAGGAGUGUUUUCCUUCUUGGAUCCUCUAGCCUAUGAGAUUUGGAUGUGCAUAGUCUUUGCCUACAUUGGUGUCAGCGUGGUCUUAUUCCUAGUGAGUAGGUUUAGUCCAUAUGAGUGGCACACAGAAGAGCCAGAGGAUGGAAAGGAAGGACCCAGCGACCAGCCUCCCAAUGAGUUUGGCAUCUUUAACAGCCUUUGGUUUUCCCUGGGUGCUUUUAUGCAGCAAGGAUGUGACAUUUCACCCAGAUCCCUCUCAGGUCGAAUCGUUGGAGGUGUUUGGUGGUUCUUUACACUCAUCAUUAUAUCAUCUUACACUGCUAAUCUUGCUGCUUUCCUGACGGUUGAGCGAAUGGUCUCCCCCAUAGAAAGUGCAGAAGACUUGGCCAAACAAACAGAAAUUGCCUAUGGAACACUGGAUUCAGGGUCAACAAAAGAAUUCUUCAGAAGAUCAAAAAUAGCAGUGUAUGAAAAGAUGUGGACCUACAUGCGAUCCGCAGAGCCGUCAGUUUUCACUAGGACUACAGCUGAGGGAGUAGCUCGUGUCCGCAAAUCCAAGGGCAAAUUUGCCUUUCUCCUGGAGUCCACUAUGAAUGAAUACAUUGAGCAGCGAAAGCCCUGUGACACGAUGAAAGUGGGAGGAAAUCUGGAUUCGAAAGGCUAUGGAGUAGCAACGCCCAAGGGUUCCUCAUUAAGAACUCCUGUAAACCUUGCCGUUUUGAAACUCAGUGAGGCAGGCGUCUUAGACAAGCUGAAAAACAAAUGGUGGUACGAUAAAGGUGAAUGUGGACCCAAGGACUCUGGAAGCAAGGACAAGACGAGUGCCUUGAGCCUGAGCAACGUAGCAGGAGUCUUCUACAUUCUGGUUGGCGGCUUGGGCUUGGCAAUGCUGGUGGCUUUGAUAGAGUUCUGUUACAAGUCCAGGGCAGAAGCGAAGAGAAUGAAGCUGACCUUUUCUGAAGCCAUAAGAAACAAAGCCAGAUUAUCCAUCACUGGGAGUGUGGGUGAAAAUGGCCGCGUCUUGACGCCCGACUGCCCAAAGGCUGUUCACACUGGAACUGCAAUUAGACAAAGUUCAGGAUUGGCUGUCAUUGCAUCGGACCUUCCAUAAAAACCAAAAAAAUAAUUGAGUGCCUUAAUUAAACUGUGUUGGUGACUGAUGGACACGCAGCCCUGAGGGACACGCCCCGUGUGGGUCUUCGCUAAACCAAUCCUUUGGCUGAGAGCGGGAGUCGUCCUAAUGCGCCCCACAUCAGCAGCAGCAACGUGCAUGAGCUCAGCUCGGAAACCCAAACUCAGAUUUUAUAUCAGGAAAACUCACCAUUUAGGUUUUUUCGGGGCGUGGGUGGGGGGAGCUGGGAUGGGUGUAUUAACAGCAACAAAUUUCACUCGAGUGGACUUAAAAACUAAUCAGACUUGCGAGUUAGCGCAUUAAACUGUGAAAUUAUUGCUCAGAAAAGCCUUUGUCUUCACCACAAGGGACAAAAUAGUUAUAGACAUCAAAGAACAUGCUAACCUGUGUCUCCAGAGCACCCAUAUAUUUCAUGGAAGACUAUCCAGCUGAGAAAACAAUCACUAAACUGUGAUAAGAAAAUAAUAAACAAACAUGUAAAUCCUGUGAAAAACAAAAUUUAAAGGAAGUAUUUACACUUACUUUGGAGAAAAAUACUGAAACAUGCUUGCUUUUUAACUGACGUAAAUUCAGUAGAGGACAACACAAUUCUUUUUUCUAACCAUCUUAGGGAACAAUACAUUGCAAUAAUUGAUAUAAAUGCCAUCACUGUAAUAAACUUUAGAGACUUUUUUUAAUAAAAGUUGUGGGUCAUCUUCUUGUCUGCUGUAAUCUUCACUCUGUCACAGAGUCGCUGUCCACAGAUCGCAUUUGUCUCACGACCAGGAACAAAUACAAAACGAAGACAACGCUAACAUAUGAUCAUCAGUCUGCCAUCUAGAAUCAAGAGACUAUGGGUCACUCCUGUUACCGAUAUUAUUUAUAAUCCUGUUCUGUGUACAAAAUUGCGGUUUUUGUACCCACCAAAAAGAAUAAAAUGACAGACAUUCUUACAGUAUCUACAGAGGUUAAGGUUUUUUUCUUACCAGAGAAAAGCUAUUUGAGAAAUUAUAGGACUGUAGGAGAGAUGGUAGAAGUCAACUGGUGGGCCACAUUGGAAAAUGUAGCUAGUCCUUGCUAUUUUUGGAGACCAAGCUGCCCUCUUUUACAGGUCUUUUACUUGUUAAGUGGGUUAAACUGUCAAAAAAGAAGUGUUUGAAUUGGGGGAUCAUUGUCGUAGUAGUAACAUAUCCUAUUGUGUUGAAAUUUUACUUGACUGUAUUUGGCUGCAUAAAAUAUUGUGUCUCUUGGGCUUCUCUCCCCCACUCCCAUUAUUCCAAUUAAAUCAUUUGAAGGUACUAAUAAUAGUUCUGGGUAAUGAGCAAAUGAAGAAUUAGUCCAUGUUUUCAAAUAGAAAUUUUGAAGAAAAUUGUAUAUUCAUUUAUAAAAAUUAUUAUAUGUGAUGUAUGGAUUAAAUUAGCAUGAUUCAAAAAAAAAAACAGAUUUGGAUCAUCCAAAAAAAUAAGUACUAUCAUAAGAUAAACCUCACAGUACUUAGAGAUCUUGGCAGGAAGCACAAGUUAGGAUGAUUCUGAGUCUGAUCUUGUAGUAUGAGUUGCAUUUUCGCAGGUGAAGGUGUUAAGAGCAUUAAAGAUGAGCUAUGGCCCAAAGCCAUGCAUGCCAAUGGCUUAUUUAAGGAAUGUGUGCAACUCUAGGGGCUGGAGAGAGUAGAGGGUAUGAAACCAUGGAAGAUAAAGUUGGAAAAGGAAAAAGGAUGAUCACGUUGUUUCAACUCUCAAAAUUACCAUCUUCCAUUCAAUCUCUGUGCUGCGUGAAAUCUUUAAAUGUACAAAUCUGAAAACACACAUGCACACACACACACGCACACACACAAUUCCCUCAGGAAAACUUCCAAGCUCUUGAGUAGAGCAAAUGAAUCCCUGUAUGAACUGACUCCUCUCUCCACUACUUCUCUCAACACUACCCAACCUCUCCCACAAAGUGAACUUCAAAAGCAGCACAUGGGACACAACAUGUACUACUUCCUCCAUCUAUAACUCUUUCCUGUCUCCUUUUUACCUGGCUAACUCAUACCUAUCAUUCAGUACUCAAAUCUAAGUGUACCUGCCCUGGAAAGAUUUCCAUGACUAUCCACCAACUCCUGCCUCUGAGACUGAGUUAGGUAUCCUUCUAAUGUUUUCUCCCAUCAUAGCACUUACCAUACUGCAUUGUAAUUGCCUGUGUACCUGUCUGUAUAACUACUAGACUGUAAGCUCCUUGAGGGCAGGGACUGUGUCUAUCUUGUUCAGUUGUAUCCCCAGCACCCAGCACAGUGCCUGGCAUAUUGUAGGUGCUUAAUAAAUAUUUGUUGAAUGAAUGAGUUGAGUGGUUCUUCAACAACAACA